GCAGAGCUGAAGGCUGCAUGGUGGAUUCAGAAGCUGCCUACUUAAUCUCAAGAGAACAAUGGUAGGGAAGGCUCGAUCUUCCAAUUUUACCCUGUCUGAAAAGCUUGAUCUGCUAAGCCUCGUGAAGCCAUACGUGAAAAUUCUCGAAGAGCACACUAAUAAAAACUCGGUGAUAGUGGAGAAGAAUAGGUGCUGGGAUGCCAUAGCCGUCAACUACAAUGCAGUUGCAGUAGACCGCCCCCCUCGCACGGCCCAGGGCCUUCGCAGCCUUUACAAAAGGCUCAAAGAGUAUGCCAAACAGGAGCUACUGCAGCAGAGGGGGGCCCAGUCAGAUUCUAAGAGCAGUAUUUCCGAGCCAACCAAGAAAGUUAUGGAGAUGAUUCCCCAGAUUUCCAGUUUCUGCCUGAUAAGAGACAGGAGCCACACACAAAGUGCAAGCUUGGAUGAGGCUGCGCAGGCUGGCACCAGUUCACUACAGGUGGUGGCGGAUCACCAUCCUGUUGCUAUUACGGUAGAGGUGAAGCAAGAAGAAGAUAUUAAAUCAUCCCCUCCAGUGCUUCCAAAUCCUCAACACAGUGAUGCUUUAGAGCAAAGAGAAGAACAUGAAUUAGUACAUGUUAUGGAAGAACCCUUGUCUCCGUCACUUUCCUCUGUUGAUAUGAGAAUGACAUCAUCUCCAUCUUCUGUUCCAAGGAGAGAUGAUCUUUUUCAUCGUGAAAGUGGAGAACACAUUAGGUCUCUGCUAAGAUAUGACCCUCAGGUCCUGCAAAUGUUAAAAGAGGAACAUCAGAUAAUCUUAGAAAAUCAAAAGAAUUUCGGAUUGUAUGUUCAGGAAAAGAGGGAUGGAUUGAGAAGAAGGCAGCAGCUGGAGGAGGAGCUGCUCAGAGUGAAGAUUGAAGUGGAGAAGCUGAAAGCCUCUCGCUUACGGCGUAAUCUGCCCGAAUGUAGUAGUCUCUAAGAGUUUUCAGAUUGAUAAUUUUAAUUUUGUCAGAAUUAAUUUGGGAAUAUCAUGAAGCUGAGCACACAUGUCCUAUAAAAAUGUUGUUAAUCUCUCUUAGAAAAAAGCUUUUAACGUGAUUUUCUUUUCCUCCCUCUCUCUACUUUUUUUUAUACAGUUUUCUAAGUAUUUAAUUUUCUCUUUAGAUACUAAAAUUUACUGAUUGGUUGACAUGAUAAACCAGUUCAUUGUUCUCCCUAAGGCAUUUAGCUGUUGACUUUAUGAUCUUUUAUUUUGAUUAUUAGAGAAAUAAUACAGAUAGAGUUGCCCCUGGCGCGUAAGCCUGUGACCACAACACUGGAGAGGGAGAGGCAGGUAGAAGGUCAAGGCCGUCCCAAUUUCAAGGUCAGCCUGUGCCUGUGAAGUCCUGUGUCAAACAAAACAGAAUGCUCACAAUUGUGUAAGUGUCUAAAUUGUAUUCCAAAGUACUGAAUCUUCAACAGUUUUAGCUACAACUUUGAAAGUUAGAGUUAAAACACACACACACACACACACACACACACACACACACACACACACACACACAGAGAGAGAGAGAGAGAGAGAGAGAGAGAGAGAGAGAGAGAGAGAGAGAGAGAGAGAGAGAGAGAAUGUGUGUGUAUUGGUGUUGGAAUAAGUACCUAGUGGUAAGCUAUAUCCCUAGUCCUGAUUUUUUUUGAGAUGAGAUCUGACUGUAGCCCAGGCUGUCCUGGAGCACAAGCUCCUCUUGCCUCGGCCGUCUGAACACUGGGAUUGUAGUUGUGUGCUAUUCUAACGGUUCAGAAAGUGUGUGUGCAUGACGUUGGUUGUGAAAGAAUGGUGUUAGCUUUAGAGACUGGAGAUAUUUGGAGAACACUUUGGUUAGAGGUAAUGAAACUGAGGUCAGAGAGGACACAAUCAUUUAUUUCAGGUAGCACAGCUUUUUAUGGCAGAAUAAGUAUCAGUACUUAGUUCUUUUUUUUGGUUAUUUUUU